AUGGCUGAUAGAAAUGUCACUGUGGUAACAGAAUUCAUCCUCCUGGGGCUGACUGAAAACCCUGACCUGAAUACUAUCCUUUCUGUGCUGUUUCUCUUGAUCUAUCUCACCACUGUGGUGGGCAUUCUUUGCAUUAUCACAAUAAUUCAGGCCAGUGUCCAGAUCCAUUCCCCCAAGUACUUUUUCCUUAGUCAGUUGGCUUUCUUGGAUUUCUGCUAUUCUUCAGUCUUUAUUCCAAAAAUGUUGGUGAACUUCUCAGCAGAACAGAAAGUCCUCUCCUAUCAGGGAUGCCUCCUUCAGUAUUACUUUGACAACAUGUUCUUGAUGACUAAGUGUUUCCUCCUGGCUGCCAUUGCUUAUGAUCAGUAUGUUGCAAUUUGCCGCCCCCUUCACUAUGCAGGUCUCAUGACCCCCACAUUCUGCAUCCACCUGGUUACUGCUACCUACCUACUAGGUUGUGCCAACUCACUCACCCACCUGAGUGGCUUCCUUGGUCUGUCCUUCUGUUGGCCCAAUAUAAUUGACCAUUAUUUCUGUGAUACCCCAUUGCUCUUUCAACUUGCCUGUUCUGAUACCCAACUCAGUGAGGUUUUGUUCACUGUCCUCUCUGGAGUGACAUCAGUGACUACCUUUCUGAUAGUGGUUAGUUCCUAUCUUGGUAUCCUUCUCACUGUCUUGAAGUUACAGUCUGCAAGAGGCAGAUAUAAAGACUUCUCUACAUGUGCCUCCCACCUGAUGGUAGUGACUCUCUUCUAUGGAACAAUGAUAUUUACUUAUGUUGGAACCAAUUCUAGUUACCCACAGGAUAUAGCCAAAAUUCUUUCUGUGUUUUAUACCCUGUUGCUGCCAAUACUAAAUUUUCUGAUAUAUAGUGUAAGAAACAGAGAGGGUAAAGAAGCAAUGAAAAGAAUAUUUAAGAGAAAAAUAUUUUUUCAGUGA